CUCUAACGUUGGAGAAACGGCCAUGCAUUUAUCCAUUUUCCUAUCCUCCUUGGCUUUACUGCCUUUGGGUGUUCAUAGCGGUGUCGUUGAAACUUUCCAGUCCAAAUGCGCGAACCUCGCCCAUACAGUCACUGCUGAAGCCAAAUAUGACAUCCAUAUCAACAUUGUGGAGUAUCUUCCAGCGGGGUCGGUCAUAAACCACACGGCUGACGGCACGAAUGAAACUUGCAGUCUCUUCGCCUCGCCAACAUCUCUUCCGGUCAACAUUUGCAGACUAGCCCUCAAAGCCGCGACAUCAAACUCAAGCUCUAUCAUCCUCGAAACAUGGCUACCUGAGAAUUGGUCCGGGAGGUUUUUGUCUACUGGAAAUGGUGGACUUAGCGGAUGCAUCCAGUAUUCAGAUAUAGCAUACGCAACCAAGUUUGGCUUUGCAGCCGUUGGAGCAAACAACGGACACAACGGUACAUCUGGCGGCGCAUUCUUCCAUCAGCCCGAGGUUCUGAAGGAUUUCGUCUGGAGGUCGCUUUAUACCGGAGUUGUGCUGGGCAAGAACAUCACCUCGCAGUUUUAUGGAAAGGACAAGUGCAAAGCCAUGAAGUCAUACUACAUCGGUUGUUCCACCGGCGGCAGACAAGCAUGGAAAGCCGUUCAGUCAUAUCCAGAACUCUUUGACGGUGUCAUAGCAGGAGCACCAGCGAUUGCUUCCAAUGGCUUGAUCUCGUUUUUCGGCUAUGCCUUCCAGUCCUUGGGUGAUAACUCUAGUGACACUUUCCUUGAUACACAGAACUGGGAGACUCUCCACGAAGAAGUUCUCAGCCAGUGCGAUCACCUCGAUGGCGCUGUCGAUGGCAUCCUUGAAGACACGCGCAAAUGUAAGCCUAAUUUAACGAAAAUCCUCUGCGAGAAUACUUCUCGGCCUGGAUGUCUCUCUCAAGCUCAAGUAUCCGCUGUGGAGAAAGUAUUCUCGCCGGUAGUCGUUGAUGGACAGGUGAUUGCUUCGGGGCAGCAACACGGCGAUGAGGUCAGAAUGAUCAAUGCUCUGUACGGACCAUUGCCCGGAACCUGGCUGGAAGAGUAUUUCCGCUUUGUGAUUUACCAGAAUUUGAGUUGGAAUCGGACCAUGUUCAGUCUGCAAGACGCUGCAGUAGCGCUAAAGGCGAACCUAUUCAACGUUGAAACCUUCGAUGGCGAUUUGCGUGCUUUCCGGGAUCGCGGCGCCAAAGUUCUACACUUCCACGGUCAGGCCGAUGAAUACCUCCCCGUCGGAAACUCGGACCGCUACUACGACCUUGUAGCCAAGACUAUGGGGUCUUCGAAUGCGGAGUUGGACGAGUUCUAUCGGUAUUUCCGCAUUAGUGGACUGGGCCAUUGUUUCGGUGGACCUGGGACGAACUACCUUGGGCAGCAUGGCGGAACUGCGGCAAGCGACGAUCCAGACGACAAUAUGCUCAUGAGGAUUGUUGAGUGGGUCGAGCAUGGAAAGGCACCUGAGUUCGUAAGGGGAACGAAGUUUGUCAACGAUGAUCCUGCGCAAGGAGUUGCAUUUACUAGGAAGCAUUGCAAGCACCCAAAAGUAAAUGUGUACAAAGGUCGUGGGAAUGGAACUGAUGAGAAUGGAUGGCAUUGUGUUUGAGCCGGCUCAGUCCUAAAUUUGAGGAAAGUUGGGACUGGAAAGCGAUGGGAUUGUGUCAUUAAGGCAUGAUCAAAACUCUGCUCACUUAGUCUAAUGGUAUAUAGGGCAUAUACAGGACCAACGAUUCUCAGCUCUACGUGGUACUAGUCAGUCACAAAUAACGUUGUCUUCGGAUAAGUUUCC